AUGCGAUAUGGUUCAAUUCGCGGUCGCGCGAUCUGUUGACUUGGUUUAUUGGUGCGAAGUGGCUCAAUUUGUUUGUUAACAAUUUUUCAAGUGGAUUAAAGUACACGGCUACACGGCUACGCGGCUACAGAGAUAAGUACUUAGGCGAGCACAUACAGACCCACUAACUUAUUUGCAUGCUCGAUUUUGUACCACAUUUUGAACGAGUAACCUUCAAUCGAAAGACAGACCGAGACUCAAGCAGUCAGAAAUACACACUGGCGCAUGGACGUACGGACGGACGGACAAGUGUUCGCUAGAAAUUGUGCAAUUUAGAGCUCAUAAAUUUGCAUUUUUGUUAUUGUGUUGCUUGUAUGCAAAUCGAAAACGGUUAAAAAGUGCAUUCGUCAAGUAAAUAGAAUAAAUUAAGAUUUUAAUAAAAAAAAAAAUUAUUAAAAAUCCAACUGAACUCAUUUAAAAAAACAUUAACGUUCGUCCUACAAUUGUUUUGUAUCGAAAAGUACCGAUUGUGCAUAAUAAACUCCGGAAGGAGAAGUGAAUAAUUCAAAAACACAACCAAAACGGAACUCUUAUAGACAACAACAUGAAUGCAAAGAUUUUGGCAUUUUUGAUAAUAGGACUUAACUCUUACUUGUGCUACGCACAGCGACGCCCUAGAAUUUAUAACGCACUUAUAACCACCGAUGAAAAUCUUAUAUCAAGCCGUGCUUAUCCAGUGAUACAACCUACAAUUCAUGAAACGCGCCUGGCACAAUAUCCUUUUGGACCAUAUGCAUACUCACCGUUUGUGCGAUUUGGACAACCGGUUGCUCCAGGCUUAGGACCAAGGCAACAGCUUCCGUAUCCUUUACCGCAGUCGCAGUUUCCGCCACAAUUUAUGCGCCGUCCCUUGCCUUCGUAUGUACCGCCACAACCAUAUCCACAACAAACAGAAACACCCAACCCACCGACAGCUCCAGCUCAACAACCAACGUCACAACAAUCAGCACAACAGAAUCCAAAUGAACCACCAACACCUCAAAGUCCAGGUGCUGGAAAAACUCCACAAGACGGCAAAGUACCGAUUCCCUUAAAUGAGUAUGGACUACCACCAUCGCUAAUUCCCUUGUCACAAUAUCCACAUCCAAACGCAAAUUCAGUACAUUUGCCGCCAUACGGUUUUAAUCCAGUAAAUCCAUUAGGAUUUAAUUCCCCCUACGGUUACAGAGACAACUUUUUGCCUCCCUACGAUUACUUACCGAAUCAUAUGCAAGGAUUUGCUGGACCACAACCUACACAAACACCAUCAACAAAUGCUCCUACGCCAACUGAUAUCAACACUGAACCCUCGGAUGCCACGGAAACCGAUUCUACCUUUGAAACUACUCAAACCAAUCCUCAAGUAGCAACGACACCCAGUUUUGAUAGCAUUAAAAACGCUUCGAACAAGCCAAAAGACAUACCAGACGUACCACCACCACCAAUACCAGCCGGUAAACCGAAAAAUUCGUAGAUUUCUUUAGAGAAUUGUAGAAAAUUAUAUUUCUUUUAUAAAAAAAACCUAUUUAUAUGAGUGCCAAUUAACAAAAACUAUUCUUAA